UUUAUCUAUAUUUUUUCGUUUUACCCAUUAGAAUGUGUUUUUGCUUCGCAAAUUAGAAAUUAGUUUUAGGCAAGGUCACGUUGUACACGGCCAAUCAUUGACAGUUAUUCAUUCUCUUAAUGUGUGCUUGCACUGGGAAAAUGUCUAACCUUUUGCCAACAAAUUUCAAAUUAAUUUUUAUAAUUAACAAUAAAUUGACUUUUCUGUCCAACACUUCAAUGUAAAUAGUUGAAGUUAAUUACCAUUUUUGGCAGGUGGAAAAAAAUAUGACACGUAGUUAGUCUGUCGCGUUGACAUAAAUGGAACGUUUUCUUUCUUAUACACAUCAUGCAGCCAUUUGUGUCACAUUCUAUCCACAAGAAGUAAACGUGGCGUUCGUUUGACCACAUUCCUAUUCUCUUUUCUGGAUGACUGGACCAAAUCUUUCGCUACUGAACACAUAAUAUCAAGUUGUCAUGGCAACACUCAUGUGGUUUCCGAUUUUGAUGUCAUUUUUAAAAACCAGUUCCUGUUUCAAGAGGCAUAACAUGAGUGAGAUAACAAUGUCACAUAACAAAGGGCGCGCUAUGUUUUUUUAAUAGUAAAGUGUUGAAACGUUUGGUUUUCCGGUUCAUAACUACAAUCCGGUUUUGUUUAUAUAACAUUUGACGAUGUCGAUCAAGAGGGAAGUAGUUUUAUUUCAAGUGCGUUUAUUUUUAUUGUUAUUAUUAUGAAUUAAGAUCUUUGAUUUAUUGUGGUGUGGAAAACUGACGUUUGAAAAUUAGAUGGCUGGAACUGCAUGUAUCGUACCGCCAAUACAAUUGACAACAUUUGAAACAAAAUGCGAAAAUAACAACAACAAUAACAAGAAACUAUUCCAGCCAUAUUUGUGCAAAUUACCGGAAACCGAAGAAGAAUUAGUUCAACCGAGAAUAGAAGAUAAAAAUUAUAAAACGAUGCUCGAAACACGUGGUCAGGCUGUUAUAAGGCCUCCGUUUAAUUACAUCGAUCGCGGCUAUCCAAGCUCUUAUUACAACACAUCCUUCGAGAAAAUACGACGAGAAGAAAUGCAUUCAUUAGUACCUGUACAUAGUGCACAUCAUGAAGAGCGUAGAUGCAGGGCUGAGAAUGAUCAAUAUGAGCAUCAAGCAAGAGUGAGAUCUGUAUCUCCAAAAAUUCAUCGCCCAUAUGAAUUGCAUGCAUCGAGCAGAAAACGAAUCGAAUCUGUACCAAAUUAUGAAAGUGAUUUGCGAUUAAGUUUUACGCCUCCAAGGCGGGAAGAACAGAUUGUAGAAGGGCGGUAUGAGUUAGAACGUGGCGCAAGUUCUUAUCCAAUCAAAUGCACAGAAGGAUGCCCUUGUUUAACAAAAGAUGAACAUUGUAAGUCUCGUUCUCAUACAAAGCCUCGUAUUAAAUAUACACCAAUAAGAGCUGAUAUUCCACAUAAGGAUAUGAGUGGUUACACUUACUAUGAUUUAAUUUACAAUAAAACUAUUGACGAAGGUCGAAUGAGCAAAAAGUCGCCUUAUGACAGAGAAAGUCGUCAUUCACCAGAACGUCGUUGGACGCAUUGCACGUCGCAGCGUAAAUAUGAAGACGGCAUUCAUCCGUAUUACCGUCGUUAUAAACAGGAAUCUAUAUCUACAUCUGAAACGGAAUCACGGUAUGAUUUAGUACGCUCAAAAUAUGAAGAAGAAUACGCUACACGUAACACGUUACACGAAACAAGUGAAACUCGACCCAGUGCUUUUUCUGUUAUUCGUCCGUCAACAAUACAUCGAGUGUACUCGACUGAAAGUGGUUAUUCGAGUGAUCCUUCCAAUAUUAGCCUAACUCGUCCGAAUAAAAAAUCUAGCCUCCACAUAAAACAUGCAUAUUGUUCGGUAAGUGAGAGUACCUCGCCGCCUUGUGAAACUCGGCCAUACUCAGAGCAAAGUGGACAUGUGUCUAAUCAUCAUAACAAGUACGUCAACGGGCACAGACUUCAUGUAUACGACGAAGCAUCUAAAGCAGCCCUUAAAGCCUUCGAUGCGCACGUCGAAAAAAUGAUGGCUGAAUCAAGAGAGAAACAAUCACGUGAUCAUAAUAUGUCCACUGAUAUAAGGACUAUCCAUAGCGGAUACGAAGCUGGAGUAGAUGGAGUAAAAAAGGAAUUGGGUGAUCAAGACCAAAUGAAACAAGAGCAUUCUUUUUCAACUUCCCCGCCUUCAUUGGUACAAGUCUCGACUGUCGAUAGUACUCAAUCAAGUGAUAACAAAUCUGGUCUGGGAGGCCUACUGAGUUUAACUAUGGUGGCGAAUGAACACUUGGGGCAAGCCAUUGCGAAGGAAAAAAAGAGAACAAAAAAUAACAACUGCUUACAUUUAUGGCAAUUUUUACGUAGUAUGUUAGACCAAGAAAAGAAUAAACCCAACAAAUGCAUUGAAUGGACUAAUCGAGAACGGGGUGAAUUUCGGUUAAUCAAGACAGCUGUGAUAGCUGACUUAUGGGGACAAUCAAAGAACCGUACAUGCAUGACCUACGAAAAAAUGGCGCGAGCAAUGCGUUACUACUACAAAAUGAAGAUCUUGGAAAAAGUGCCACACAAAAGAUUACAUUUUCGUUUCGGUGAGAAAAUGUUAGCACGAGUCUUAGAUGUGACAACAAUUAAACCAUUACGUCACACAGACAAAAACUUGCAGACUAAAUCCCAUGCUCCAAAAGCACAACACUCUUCCAAUUCUGUAUAUAAAUUUGCGACUGAGGAGGCCAGUCGCAAAAAUCUCUUGAUACCCAGACCUCACUCAGAGGGGCCUCUCCUUACACACAGUCCGAUGAGCUACCAAAAUUAUGAGGGGAGAGCAGCUCCUGGGUCCCCUUUUCUACACGAACAUCGAAGAUCAAUGUCGGAGCUGGUGAGUCAAGUCACACCAGUUAUCCGUGCCAACACGGCGAACGUAUUCUUUCCGAAGGACUUUCGAUCAGAAAGUGAAUACGAAGCAUCGCAUCCCGAGAACUACGCAAGUCGCACUCCUUUGAAAAAUGAUUUAGAUUUGGCACAAGCCUCGUUGAGAUCUUCUGAUAGUGAUAACGUUAUAGACUCGGCAGAGGAGACUCCUGUUAGUUCGCCAUUGUAUGAUACAGAUGGAGAACUUGUCGUGGAUUUAGACGAAUGAAAGUACAAUGAAAAAGCGAUUCUAAAUACGACUGAAUUUAAUUUUUUUUUUAAAUUUUAUAAAAACGUACUAAAUUUUGUUAACUUCGUGAGAUUUUUUUGUGUGUACUUUUGAUAGAACUUCGCAUUUUUCACACUUUUUUUACAGACUAUCUCACACCGUUUUUUACUUCGGGUUUUUGCCAUUAUGACGUCACAAUUUAUGUUCAACUUAUUUUAAAAUCAUUGUUGCUACCGAACUGCGUUAUUUCCCGACAAAACAAUUCACCAGUUCUGGUAACCUAACUAGGUAAAUAAAAAACAACUUAAAAUUACGUUGCUAAAAGGACCAUGGGGCAGGAUUUAAUAAUGAGAAUUUUCGAGUUACGAUAUAUAUAUGUAGAUGGUGUUUUUUGAAAGUAUUUGUUAUUUAUUUUCAAGUUUCGCUUUUGUACAUCAGCGAAUUUUUAAUAACAUACCUUCAAUGAUGUACAUAAAAGGUUAUAUAUAAUAUUAUAUUUUCACAAGAACUUUAUACAUCAACAGUGUAUAUAUUUAUAUAUUGCAGUCAUGUCUAACAUAUAUCGGAUACGUA